AUGGGUGAUGCAAUAAAUCGAGCUUUUGAUAGUAUUAAAUCGUUUCAUGGUACUUCACAAGAUAAUUCACGCGAUUGGUGUGAUCGUGCUGAAAUAAUUUUUGAUGCAUUUAAUGUUAAUGAUGCUGAUCGUUUAUCUCGUAUUGGAAUUAAAUUAGAGGACGCUGCAUUUGAUUGGUAUCGCGAUAAUCAAAGACCGUAUGGAACAUGGAUGGUCUUUCGUCAAACAUUUGAACGAGCAUUUCCUCCUCCUGAACGUACACAAAAUCCACAUUUAUUAGCCGAACAGAUAAAUCAACGUAAACAAGGAUCUGAUGAAUCAGUACACGAUUAUUAUUAUGCAUUAGAUAAACUAUGUAGAGAAUAUGAUCCACAAAUGUCUGCUAUUGAUAAAACAAUAAAAUUAGUUGGUGGUCUUCGUGAGGAAUUAAAAUGUAAAUUAUUACCAUUGAAUGUUCAAACACCAGAGCAAUUUAUGAUACAAGCGAAGAAUUAUGAAUCUAGUGAAAAGGUGAUGACACAUCACCGUAAACAAAAUGGAUCUAUGCAAUUACCUGAGCCAACGUAUAAAUUUGAAUCAAAUGAUUAUUCAAUGGUUGCUGCAUCUCAACCACGUGAACAAUUUAAUCUAACAUAUCAUCAACAACCUUAUCGAACACAUUCUGAAAAAUUUAAUCAUUCAUUGAAUCGACCAGUCGAAAACCAACAACAACAAAAAACAAGAAAUGGUACAUUUUCAUAUCAACAACAACGUGGUCAACCAUCACGAUAUUAUCAACAAGAAAAUUUUAAUAAUAAUGAUAAUAGAAAUUUUCAGAAAUGUUUUAGGUGUGGACAAACAGGACAUAUACAAAAAUAUUGUCGACAUCAUUUAAACCAUUAA